AGAUUUGAUCUAUUAAAUUUAAUUAUUUUUUCAGCCAGCGGGCCAAAGCCAGCGUGGGAUACCGUUGUGUGUUAUAAUCACAUGUGUAUGUCUACGUCUAUGUCUAUGUCUACGUCUAUGUGUAUGUAUCUAUCACUCAUCUUCAUUCCUCCGCCGCUCCGCCUCCGCUCCUGUUUGCGUACAAAUACAAGCGCAUUGCGUUGUCUCUACACACUGACGCGACGAGAAACACACAGAAGCAGGUGAAAACGUGUAGCCAACAUUUUGCUCACCUACCUUUCUUUGCUUUCUCGCCUGCCUUCCAAGAAUUCUCUACAACUUGUGUUGCAGGAAUAGGAAGACCAAGAACCCCAGCUUUCACUACCACACGCGUAAUUCCCUUCUUUUACCAAACCCCAACUUAGACAACUCAAGAAAAUUCUCCCGCAAUUCAAUCAUACGCAUGAAUUUCAAUUCUUGUGAGUGGGCCACUUUACACUGGGAUUGAUACAGCAAAAAGGACAUGGCUUUGAAGGCUGCGCCAAUCUUGGUUUGUGCUGCUGCUAAUAACAAGAAAAGCACUCCGUAUCAUCAAUUGGGCAUUUCGGAUUUCGUGGGUGGCCGGCCUACUUUCUUGAAUUUCAAGAUUCAAAGGGAAUGGGAGUGCCUGUCCCACAGGGCUAUCACGCCUGUUGAGGAUGAGAUCCCUUCAACUCCUGAUGUUGUUGAACCCCCCACUCAGAUUGCUCCUGCCGGAGGGUUUCACAAGGACUUGAACUCUCUCCCAAAACCCUUGUCCGCAACCGAUUUUUCCUCUUCUUCGAACGAUGGUAGGAAGGUCCGUGUUGCAUAUCAGGGGAUCCCAGGAGCAUAUAGUGAGACUGCUGCACUAAAAGCAUACCCAAAUUGUGAGACUGUCCCAUGCGACCAAUUUGAGGCUGCGUUCAAGGCAGUUGAGUUGUGGUUGGUUGACAAAGCUGUACUUCCAAUCGAGAAUUCUGUUGGUGGGAGCAUCCAUCGUAACUAUGACUUGCUUCUUCGACAUAGGCUUCACAUAGUUGGAGAAGUUAAGUUGAUUGUCAAUCACUGCCUUCUAGGAUUGCGUGGGGUUAGAAAGGAGGAGCUAAAGCGUGUAUUGAGCCAUCCACAGGCACUUGAUCAGUGUGAGAUAACUCUGAAUCAGUUGGGUGUGACCAGAGUCAGCGCUGAGGAUACUGCUGGUGCAGCUCAGACUGUAGCCUCCGAAGGAGUGAGAGAGACAGGAGCCAUUGCAAGUGCUCGAGCUGCAGAAAUCUAUGGUCUUGAUGUUCUAGCUGAAAGAAUACAGGAUGAUUCUGACAACAUUACCCGUUUUCUGAUACUUGCAAGGGAACCUAUCAUCCCAGCAACAGAUAGACCUUAUAAGACUAGUGUUGUCUUCAGUCUGGAAGAGGGACCUGGUGUUCUAUUCAAGGCGUUAGCAGUCUUUGCUCUGAGGGGCAUUAAUUUGUCGAAGAUUGAGAGCCGUCCCCAGAAAAGGCGGCCGUUGAGGGUUGUUGACGACUCUAACAGGGGAAGCGCCACAUACUUCGAUUACCUCUUUUACAUUGAUUUUGAAGCUUCAAUGGCAGAGCCUCGAGCCCAAUAUGCACUGGGACACCUCCAGGAGUUUGCAAGGUUUCUUCGGGUCCUUGGUUGUUAUCCGAUGGAUACAGUUCCAUGAACAACGUGUUAAAGUAUUUUGUCGAUCAUUUCUUUUUAAGAAUUGUAUUCUCAACCGGGACGAGAAGAAGGUUAAAUUUGCACAUAUUCAGAGUCAUUGGGAGUAGCUACUUGCGAUCGUUGUGGCAUCUGACAGGCAUUUCAUUUAAUUUCUUCUUCCAUUCUUUUCCCCUUACAAGGGAUCUGUCUGUACAAUGGUAAAUCUCAUCACACCAAAUUAAAGACAUAUAUAUCAUGCACUGAGGUUAAUUCUGUUUGUUCUAAGUCUGUUAUAGAGUAUUUAUUUACUUUGGUAAGUGGCUUUUAUGGUUGCAGAAGAGAACAUUGACUCUUGGUGUUGAUAAGAGUUGCCAUUUUGUUUAUACAAAUAGGGCUUUCUCCAUUGUAUUUUUUGUGUAUUCAACUAACAUAUAUAAGAAUAUGUAGUUUGGAUC